UAUUCAGUGGUCGGAUAUCACGCUACGAACGGUCGCGAGCCAAUUGAGUGGGAUUCCGAGGGACUUUGCUAUGUCGGAUAUUUUCUAUGGGUUUCCCGAUGCUGUUUCAUUGGGUCUGCCGCCCGUCUCAGAUGAGGGGGUACCCAAAUGCGACUCACCGUGCUCCGGUGAUGACCUUCUCGAAAACCUAGCUAUAAGGCAGCCCAUGUGGCCUCCGAAGCAUAAAUCAUCAUACUCAAACAUCAAUUUCGAUCUUCUCGGACUCGUCGUGGAGAAUGUAACAGGUCUAGGGUAUGCCGAGUAUGUUGAGCAGGCUAUUCUGCGUCCGUUAGGUAUGGAUAGUAGUUCUUUCAUCAAACCUGAUGAUAGUGUUGGCGUACUACCAAGUGGCUUUAAUUAUUGGGAUUAUGAAGGAGGUGUGCAACGACCAACUGGCGGCCUCUAUAGCACUACCAGUGAUAUGUCUAAAUUCCUUCGCCACGUCCUCGCAACCCACAACACACUCUCCCCUCAGCUAAACUGGUUCAGCCCUGGCUCCUAUUCCGAAUCCCUAUCUUCUUACUAUGGCAUGCCGUGGGAGAUCUACCGCACCUCUUCAAUGCUUCCGUCCACCUUGCGCCCUGUGACAUUCAUUACCAAGGGCGGCUCACUGCCGGGAUACUUCACAUAUGUCAUCAUGGCGCCCGACUACGACUUGGGAAUAUCGAUUUUCACUGCUGGUCCCGCAGACCUGCUAGAUCUCAUCCGAGAGGCUGUCACAGUCACUCUCCUCCGCGCCGCCGAGGAAACAGCCCAGAGAGACCUAAACGAUCGGUACACCGGCAUUUUCGCCGCCGCAGCUCCACUGAACUCCACGCUUGUCCUCACACAAUCAGACACCAAGGCACUUUACAUCGACUCCUUCAUUUCGAACUCAACCGUCAUUCUUGAGGCUUGGCAGGGGCCCCUCUCGUCACUCACGCAGGGGGGCCCGUUUCGUAUCCAGCUCGUCCCGUCCCUCUCGUCUCGCGGGGACGACGCAGGCCGCAAGGGAGAGGUGUGGAGGGGAAUUUUGGUACCCGAGAAGAGGGGGACGGGGGCGUGGGAUGAUCAAUGCAUGACUAAUUAUGAUCCAUUGUCGUAUGCUAAUAAGCCGCUAUUAGAGGUUGUGUUCUGGGGAGGUGAGGGGGCGGUAAUGAAGGAGAUAGAGAUGGUAGGCUUUCGGGUGGUUUUGGAGCGGGUGGAGGGCGGAGGAGAAGGUAGGGAGACUCUUGACGUAAAUAAGGAUGGAUUCACGAAGGAAAAUGGACAAAAAGUUUUAGGGUAAAAGAUGGAUAUGAGGGAAACUCACCAUCACGGUCAAGUCUAAUGAUAGUGAUCCGCACAUGGCAUUCUUAUUGCAGCAGUUUCCUUGCGCUACGUUGCAGGUGAAGGGGUUCGUUGCACCGCAAGUUCCAUUCGGUGUGUUUCCAUUUAGCCAUGAAGGUGGGCCUGGAAUAGUAG